GAGCGGUCCGAUCUGGUGUCUUGAAUUCGUUCCCACACAUCUCUCCUCUCAUCUUGCUUCAAUCUUACUUUAUCUGCUGCUUGUGUGUUCUUGGACCCGGACGCGAUUAUCAUGGGCUCUUCCCUUAGACUGACGGUACACAACUACUCCAAUGAUGAAGGACCAACUUCGUCACACUCUGAUGAAACACUGGAGCUUGGACGCGACCUAGCUCAUGCAGCCUCUUCAAAUAUCGGAUGGAAACAACCGGUUGUCUCAUUCAACACACGGCUGUUCGAACUGAGGCAUGACAGACUAUACCAGUUCAGUGUGAGCCCACCGCGAGUACCGUCGGCGCAUCGAACACAUGUUCUCAAAGACUGGGGAGUUCCUCCUUCUCCAAGCGACGAUGAAGAAUUUGUGCUCGAAGCCCUCGAGGAGUUUAUACACGUAAAGCCUGAAGCUCGCCGCGCUCGUCCUACCCUGAAGCGCUCUGCACCGCCGGAUUUGCGCACAGACCUUCGUGAUACACAAUCACGAGACGUUGCGCAUUAUAGGGCAUCCUCAACAAAUGAACUGUCUAUAGAACCCCCUAGGAAGCGCUUCAGACAUGAUGAAGCCUGCAUUGCAAACUUGAUCCCCCAGCCUCAUUUUGUCGCAGGUCCUAGUGCUGGUUUUCCGGGGUUGGAUAGGGAGCACCUUCGGCCUUACAGAAAGGCCCCGGCAUAUAUGAUAGCCCCGUAUGAUAAUUUUGAGUUGGCUAAGCUCUUCAUGCACAGUCCUUACAAUAGGGCGGCUUGGCUUAUUCCUAUACGCGGAAGGUUACCGUGGGACGGUGCCGCUUGGGCCACUAUCACAGAGCCUGUACAAGCUCCACAAAGAGGCGAUACCCCUCAGCUUCCCUCUGGACCCGCAACCCAAUUCGACGGAACCACGCUAAUUACUUGGACUCGGCACUCGAUCGUGGACUUCUGGAAGUUCAUGAUAUCCAUACAGCAAGCCAAGAAUCUCGGGCCCAUCUCACUUUCCUUCCAUGCCGCACCGUCGGGUGUCCCAUUUACAUUUACGUCGAGCAUAAAUAGAUUCGACUUAACGGCUAGACGUAGCAACCGACCCGUUCAGCCUGCACAGUCGAAGGCAUCCGUUGACCCUUCCGAUGACAUUUCAGAUCAGAUCCGUCAUGCACAACUGGAAUCAACAGACUUUAUCAAGGUGUAUCAUGAUGCCAAGUACUCGCUAUAUCUCCGAAAUAUUCUGGACGCCUACCGGUACAUUCCCGAAGCAACCACGUCAGAGGGACACCCAAACAACUGUGAAACAGCGGGAUCCACGACAAAGAUCAGAAUGCUGAAAGGAGCACAACUCGUAGUAGUCGAUAACCUGUCCAGAGCUGUUCUUAGGAUCUGAUGCACCGUGUUGAAGAGGUCCUUGUCACUCCACGCU